GGUGGGCCAAAGCAAUGAGGAAGACACAACACAAGAAGUGUUGCUAGCUUACAAUUGACACACUAUGUGAGAGUUUAGAGGCAGUCAUGUCAGGCGGUGUGGUUCAUUUUCAGCUCUGUUUGUGCUGCCGCCUUCAAAGUUCAAAGGUUGGUUGUAGUUUAGUGAAUGGUUGACAGGGCUGAAAACUCUCAGAUGCAGCGCACCUUUGUCCCACCAAUAUAUAAUGUCACCAUUUGCGGUGGAACCCACGGGAAUGAGUUGACUGGGGUGUACAUUGUGAGGGAAAUGCAGAAACAGAAGAUGGAGAAAGCUGGGUCUGUUUCUGUAACCACCGUUGAGACCAAUCCAAGAGCCGUGGCUGCUGGCAGACGAUACACAGAGAUGGAUCUGAACCGCUGCUUCACAGAUGUCUUGCUGAGUUCCCCCAUAACAGAGUCAACCCCGUAUGAGGUGAAGCGAGCCCAGGAACUGAACGCUCAGCUGGGGCCCAAAGGAAGCGCAAAGGCUGUUGACCUGCUCAUAGAUCUGCACAACACCACUUCCAACAUGGGCCUGUGCUUCAUCUUCUACUCCAUAGACUGGAUCACUCUUCACAUUUACAAAUACAUAGAGAAUAACUUGAACUCUGUGCCUGUGAGAGCGAUCCAGCUGGACAUUCCCAGCUCCGAAGCUUAUUCCCUGGAGUCAGUGGGCAAACAUGGCUUUGCGAUAGAAGUCGGCCCGCAGCCUAGUGGUGUGCUCAGAGCUGAUAUCUUCAACGUGGUGAAAGAAGCAUUGGAUCUCACAUUACAGUGGCUUCAGAAAUUCAGUUCUGGGCACAGUUUUGAAGGCGGCACAGUGGACGCAUACACUUUUGUUAAAAGUGUUGACUACCCAAGAGACUCGGCUGGUAAAGCUACUGCUAUCAUCCACCAAGACCUACAGGAUAAUGACUUUAAGCUUCUGCGGUCAGGGGAUCCCAUCUUCCAGACAUUUUCUGGGGAUAUUUUGAAAUACGAGGGAGAAGACCUCUACCCUUUCUUCGUGAAUGAAUGCGCCUACUACGAGAAGAAGAUUGCUUUCCAUUUAGCUCAGAAAAAAACAUACAGCUUUCCGCAUAUAAGCGUGAAAAACGAUUGAGGGAAGACAGAGAUAACAUGAGGGCUUCCAUCACCUUAAGAAAUAAACACAAUGGAAUGAAAUAUGGAAGUCAGGAAUUUGAGUCUAUCUGUAACACCUGUUUGCAUAUAAAGUGCCUUGCAAAAAUAAUAAUAUUUAUAGCCAUUAAAUCUUUUUACAUUUGAUCUUGUGAUAAAUUUCAGUGUUUUUUUAUUUUUUUAUUCUGGUCUUACCUGAUAGACUUGCACAAAGAGGAGCAUAAUUAUAAAGUGGAAGGAAAAUAAUGCAUAGAUAUUAAAAUUUCUACUUCAAUUAAAAAUCUAACUGGUGUGGUGUGCACUUAUAUUCAGCCACCCUGAAUCUGUAUUUUGUAAAACCACCAUUUGUCAUGACAGGAGCAGGUAUUCUGAGCUGCCUUUAGGGGUGGGCAAUGUAACGUACAUUUUAUUAUAUUUUCUAGUAUUUAUUGCAAUAACAAAAAAUUCUUAUUGAUCAUUAUUAAUUAUGGAAUGACAGAAAAAUCCCUGCCUGUAAAAUCAAUCUGAAACAGUUAAUACCACUUAUUUUUUUCCCGCUCUUUCAAUAUUAGAUUAUCAUCAGUUGUGCCCAAACUAAAUAAAUGGAAACAUUACUUGUGUAUUUCUGAUGAUCUUCUUAAAUGCAUGUUGAAAAUUGUCUUCACACAUAAAUGAAAAAUAUAUACAGUAAUGCACAUUCCACAACUUAACUUACAGUUAUGUGCUUUAUUGUAAUGCAUGGAGUUUUAGUAGGUCUCUUAAAGGUUCAUUCUGCUCUAAAUGGUCAGAAAGGCAGCACAUCUGCACAGAAAUGCAAAAUUAGCCAAAUUCGCUCAGAUAUUUUUUAUUUGCAAAAGGUAAAGCACCAUCUCUGCAUUCAAAUUGACAAAAUUCCAAUAAAAGUAACCAAUUCUUAAAUUUAUUUCACACAGCAACAAUACAGCAACAAUACAAUAUUGUUCUUCAGAAUAUGAAAAAGUUUUCAAGACGUUUCAAUACGUAUAACUCUACAUACUGACAGGAAACACUUCAGUUAAAGAUGUCAGUUCAAAACAAAGUCACAAAUUUAUUUUCUGACAUCGAUGUGAUAUGACAAAUUCCUACUUAUUUGAAAAUGUAACAGUUAAAACAUCUGUGAUCAUUGUGAAUUAACAAAAUGUUUCAUACAGAUAUUUUGCGCACUUUAAAUUUGCCAACGUUUUUUUCUUUUUUUUCCCUGAAAUUAUCUUGUGAAAACCUAAAAACGUGAGGAUUCUGUGCUAAUGUGCUCAAGAGUGAAUAUAAUCAGAUUAUCAGAUAGUUUGAUGUUCUGGAGUCUUUUUUGAAAUCUUGCCUGACCAAUUGAAUAAAAGCCAGAUCCUAACACUGCCCCCUCAUGGUAAACACAGGGCAUGAUGGGGGCGACAACUUGGCAACAAUAACCCUGAUUUAUGUCCAUCACUCUGUAACAAAACAAAUAAAUCAUCAGAUGGAAAACAAGAAAAUA